AUGCAAAAUGCAGCUUUUGGGUCAAUUUUCAUUGCCAUGGAUACUUGCAAGAGAUGCUUCGUUCUUUCUUUGGCCUUUCUCGUGUUUUUCUUUGAUGAUUCUGGGACCAAUGUCUUCGGUUUUCAAGGGGAAGAGCUGAUUGAAACCAUGGCGGAUGAAGUCCUCGAUCAUACCCCGCAUCUUACCGCGAGACAAGGGAUGUAUAAUGUGGAAGAGUUGGAAGAUGAUGAUGACUGGCAAAUGGUGCAGACCAAAGGGAACCAGUUUGUUGUCAAUGGUCAACCUUUCUAUGUCAAUGGAUUCAAUACCUACUGGCUGAUGGUAUUCGCAGCCGAUCUAUCUACGAGAGGAAAGGUCUCUGAAUUGUUCCAACAAGCAUCUUCGGUAGGACUAACUGUUUGCAGGACUUGGGCUUUCAAUGAUGGCCAAUGGCGAGCUCUUCAGAAGUCUCCUUCGGUUUACGAUGCGGAUGUAUUCAAGGCCUUGGAUUUUGUGGUGAGUGAAGCAAAGAAAUACAAGAUCAGGCUCAUAUUGUCAUUGGUUAAUAACUGGGAUGCAUAUGGUGGUAAGACACAAUAUGUUAAGUGGGGAAAUGCUUCCGGCCUCAACUUGACUUCAGACGAUGAAUUCUUUUCUCAUCCGACUCUUCGUAGUUACUACAAGUCCCACGUUAAGGCAGUGCUAAAUAGAGUCAAUACAUUCACAAACAUAACUUACAAGGAUGACCCUACGAUAUUUGCUUGGGAACUGAUGAACGAACCUCGAUGCACCUCAGAUCCCUCUGGGGAUACGCUGCAGUCAUGGAUAGCGGAAAUGGCAGCACACGUGAAGAGCAUUGAUGCAAAGCACUUGGUUGAAAUCGGAGUAGAAGGAUUUUAUGGACCCUCAGCACCUGCAAGGACUAAGUUCAAUCCGAAUUCAUAUGCAACUCAAGUUGGAACCGACUUUAUAAGAAACCAUCAGGCUCUUGGCGUCGAUUUUGCAUCUGUUCACAUUUAUGCCGAUUCCUGGAUUUCGCAAACUAUUUCUGAUGCUCAUCUCCAAUUCACAAAAUCAUGGAUGGAAGCCCACAUAGAAGAUGCGGAGAAAUAUCUAGGAAUGCCUGUUAUCUUCUCCGAGUUUGGAGUAUCCUCGAAAGACACCGGCUACAACUCAUCAUACCGAGACACUCUCAUUAGCACGGUGUACAAAACACUCUUGAACUCGACAAAGGAAGGAGGGAGUGGAGCUGGGAGCCUUUUGUGGCAGCUCUUCCCCGAUGGAACGGACUACAUGGAUGAUGGCUAUGCAAUUGUCCUUUCAAAAUCUCAUUCAACUGCAAACCUAAUAUCCCUUCAUUCAACGAGACUCGCAAUCUUUAACUCCAGGUGUUCUUGGCAUUGCCGUUGGGGUUGCAGGAAGAAAAAUUCCUUGGAGAUAUUCCUCAAUCAUGAUUAUCUUUAAAACUGCUUAUGACCAGGUGCUGGGUCUUUGGAAGCUGCUAUUGUACAUGCAAAAUGAGAAAUGAAAUAGAAAGCAAGGAACAAAUAAGAUUCUUUGUGGAUUUGUAAUAUCUCAUUUCUAUUUCAAUUG